CCUCUCUCUCCUCCCUUUCCGACGAGGCGACCUGCUUUCCCCUCUCGCGCACCUUCCUCGCCAUGGCCUUCUUCUCCCACCACCAUCUCCAGCAGCCCCACCCCGCGGCGGCGCCGCCGCCGCCGCAGCAGCAUCCGGCGCCUCUUCCCUUCAGGAACGCGCUGCCAGUGCCGGUCGACGGACAGAUCCCGGCGCCCUACGCCUUCUUCAACCCGCCGCCCGCCUUCCCGGAUCAGGCCGGGCAGCCACAGCUGGUGGACCCGGUGGGGCUGACGGCCGCGGCGGGCAUGGGGUGGAGGCAGCCGAGGGAGCAGGAGCUGCUGGGAGAGAACUCGCAGAUGUCGUCCAUCGAUUUCCUGCAGACGGGCUCGGCGGUCUCGACGGGCCUGGCGCUCUCUCUGGAGGACCGCCGCCACGGAGGCGGCGGCAGCGGGGCUGGGAACUCCUCUGGCGAUUCGCCGCUGCUCCUGCUGCCGAUGCUCGAUGACGAUCUCUCCCGCGAGGUCCAGCGGCUCGAUGCUGAUAUGGACCGGUUCAUCAGGGCCCAGAAUGAGCGCCUGAGGCAGUCUAUAUUGGAGAAGGUUCAGGCAAAGCAAUUUGAAGCGCUGGCCUCUGUUGAAGACAAGAUCCUCCGAAAAAUACGGGAUAAAGAGUCAGAAGUGCAGAACAUUAACAAAAGGAACUCUGAACUGGAGGACCAGAUUAGACAAAUGGCAGGUGAAGUUGGUGCGUGGCAGCAAAGGGCCAAGUACAAUGAGAGCAUGAUCAGCGCACUCAAGUACAACCUGGAACAGGUAUGUGCCCAUCAAAGCAAGGACUUCAAAGAAGGCUGUGGCGAUAGUGAGGUAGAUGAUACUGCAUCCUGUUGCAAUGGUGGUGCCGUCAAUUUGCAACUGAUGCCGAAGGAGAGUAACCACUCCAAGGAUUCGACGGCAUGCAGGGUCUGUAAAUCAAGCGAAGCAUGCAUGCUCUUGCUGCCUUGCCGGCAUCUUUGCCUGUGCAAAGAGUGCGAGAGCAAGCUGAGCUUCUGCCCCUUGUGCCAGUCCUCCAAGAUACUUGGUAUGGAGAUAUAUAUGUAAUGUAGAAUAUAAUUUGUCUACCACUUGAAGUAUCUUUCGAGAUACUGUUGUACUUAAGCAUCACUGUAUUGUCAAACUGUAGCACCUAUUGAUCACUCUGAGAUCUGACUUGAUCUGAAAGACUACCAUUUAUGGUCGAUUUACUGCAGCAAAUUUCUAUCUAGAAGUGCAUUGUUUGGACUUA